CUUUCCCAGGCAGCAGUCGGCUGUCUGCUGUCUGCUGUCGGCCCUUCUCACAUGUUGCGACCGAGGAUGUACUUCUUCUCCUUUUUACUAUAUAAUUAGUAUCCCCCCCACGCUUUCCCUCUCCCUCUUCAGACGCUCAAUCCAACAUCAUGCUCACGAUACUCCUCCUGGCCAGUGCCCUCCUGGUCGCCUUUAAGACCUUCCAGUUCCUCCACCAGACCUACCAUGAUCGCAAGACCGCCAAAGCCCUGGGCUGUCAGCCUCCGCCCGCCAUCCCCACCGGCCCCUUGGGCAUCCCAGGCUUCCUGCGCAUGCUGACCGCCGUCAAGGAGAAGCGCUGGGUCGAGUACAUCUCGCAGUUCUACGAGACCUUCGGCCACACCUUCACGCAGGUCUCCAUCGGCGGCGUCGAGAUGUACGGCACGGCCGAGCCCGAGAACAUCAAAGCCCUGCUGGCCACCCAGUUCCAGGACUUUGGGCUCGGCAGCAGACACCGCGAGUUUUUCCCGCUGCUGGGUAACGGCAUCUUCACCCUGGACGGCGCCGGCUGGACGCAUGCACGAGGCCUGCUUCGCCCGCAGUUCACCCGCGAUCAGGUGGCCGACCUGGACCUCAUGGACGGCCACGUCGCGCGCAUGAUCGACCUGAUCCCCCAAGACGGCUCCUCGUUCGACAUCCAGCGGCUCUUCUUCCUGCUCACCAUCGACUCGGCCACGCACUUCCUGUUCGGCGAGUCCGUCGGCUCCAUGGGCUCCUCCGACGCCAGCAUCCUCGAGAAGACCGCCGUGGGCGACGCUCAGGGCUUCGCCGACGCCUUCAACACCGCCCAGGAAUACCUGGCCGCCCGCUCCCGCGCCCUCGGCUUCUACUGGCUCAUCAACCCCAAGGAGUUCCGCGAGGCCAACCGCCGCGUCCACGAGGUCGUCGAUCACUACGUCCGUCGGGCCCUCGAGUCGAAGCGCCACCCCGAGAAGCAGUCGGGCAGGUACAUCUUCGCCGAGGCCCUGGCGGCCGACAACGACGACCCCCGCGUGCUGCGCGACAACAUGCUCAAUAUCCUGCUCGCCGGCCGUGACACCACCGCCAGUCUGCUCAGCUCGUCGUUCUUCUAUCUGGCCCGUCAUCCCGCCGUGUGGACCAAGCUCCGUCGGGCUGUCGUCGGCGAGUUUGGCGAUGCCACCCAUCCGAUUGGAGAUAUCACCCACGCGAGACUCAAGGAUCUGCGCGAUCUGCGCCACUUCCUGAACGAGGUCCUCCGCCUCCAACCCCCCGUCCCCCUCAACUUCCGCGUCGCCCAAAAGGACACCUCCCUGCCGGUCGGGGGCGGUCCCGACGGCAAGUCGCCCGUCUAUGUCCGCAAGGGCCAGCUCGUCACGUACAGCGUGUACGCCAUGCACCGCCGCACGGACUUCUACGGGCCUGAUGCGCACGAGUUCCGCCCCGAGCGCUGGGAGGAGAACAGCAAGCGCGGCUGGGAGUAUCUGCCUUUUAACGGCGGGCCGCGUAUUUGUCUUGGUCAACAAUAUGCCCUCACCGAAGCCAGCUUCACCCUCGUCAAGCUCCUGCAGCGCUUCGACCGCCUCGAGAACGCGGGCCCCGCCAGCGAUCGUCCCGUCAUUCAGUGUACCCUGACCAUGUCGCAUGAUGCGGGCGUGCCUGUGAGGUUGUUUUCAUCGGUGUAGCAGAGGAGUCAGUGGGAGUGAAUGACUCACAACAUAACUUACAUGGCAUAACAUAACUAACUUGGGCUGGUCUUUACAUGAUGUUUUGUGUGUGUGUGUGUGUGUGUGUGUGUGUGUGUGUAAUUAUUAUUAUUCAGGUAUAUAGUAUUAGUUCGGAUCGGGAUGGAUGAAUA